AGGAGGAGUCUUUGGAAUCAAAGAUCAACAGAAUCAGCGAGAUGGUGGGAGAUAAUUUAAGGAUCAUGAACGAUCGUUUGUGUUUGAUUGAAAAAGACAGGAAACAGAUUAAAGAACGUGUGACAAACCUAGAGAAACUACAAAGAGUUACUUCAUAUGAAACUCCAAACAAUGAGGUAACUUUUUUUUCGGAAAUUAAAAUUAAUGUUUAUCUAGUUCUUGAUUCAGUUUUGAGUUGUCAAGUAAUUUUGGAAGAUGUUAUACAUAUUUAGGCUUGCCUUCCUAAUUUUUGUUGUACUUGCACAGACUGACACAACUCCAUUUCAUGAGACGGCUUCCAGACAAGGUGAAGCCAAUGCAGAUCAAGCAGAUGAACAACUUAACAAUGAGGCAAGUAUAAUUUUGAAAACUGUUGGUAUUUAUAAAAUUAUGAAUUUGGUACGUGUUCAUAAUCCCAUUCCUGACAUCAGGAUACACGAGAGCCUAUGAAUGAGAUCACGAAAGAGACACCUGGUUCUCCAAUAGCUCAACAGAAUAUUGAGACUCCAGUCCUUACUCCAAUUCAGACGCAGCAGGAGACUCACGAGCUUAUGAAUGAGAUCAUUUCACCAAACAUUUCCGACACACAGCCAAAUACCCGAGCUCGCAGAAAUCUUUUAACAGAGCAAAAUAAGGAUGUAGAAAGCAGAGUUCAAAAUCCCUUUGAGAUCGGAGCAAAUGUGGAGAUUUCAUCACAAGAUGACAAUACUUGUCAUAAAUGGUAUCCAGGAAAUGUGUUGGCAACAUAUUUGGUUGAUGGGGUUGAGAUGGUGAAAGUUGAGUACUCUCGUCCCGUCUCUGGACGAAAAGAAGAGGAAAAGGAGUGUUGA